UGUGAACCGCCAUUAGAGACUGAAUUAAAGAAUCUCCGAUGCUACAAGCGGCGGGACUGAGGUCUCGAACCUCGCUGUGGUCCGCCCGUCGUUUUGUUUCACUUCUUCCGUCCCGUACCGAUGGUGGGUUCGCACAAGAAACCCGGAAACUGGAAGCGCCUCAAGUUUUCGCCUCGAAAGUCAGGUGGAUUCUUUCGGCCAGCGGUCUGCCUCCACCCGAAUGGAUAGAGCCCUUCCAUGAUCUUUCUGAUGUAGCAUGUAGAUCUUCUCAUCAGCUUAAACCAUCUCCGUGGGUCAACCAGAUACUCGGGCUUUUGGACAGUUCUUCGGGUAUGGAGUCCAAUCUUGACUCUUUCUGUACCAAGUUCUUGAUCAAGCUGUCUCCAAAUUUCGUGUGUUUUGUUUUGAAGUCUGUGGAGUUAGAGAAAAAGCCUGAAAUUGCUGUGAGGUUCUUCGCUUGGGCUGUUAAGCAAACUAGGUAUGCUCACAGCCUUGAAUGCUACGUUUCUCUUAUUGGUGUUUUGGCUGGAAAUGGCGAUUUGGAUGGAGUGAAACGUGUGUUUCUGGAGUUGAGGCAAAAGGGUUUCUUGAUGACUGUUUCACCCGCAAAUUCUUUGAUUAAGAGCUUUGGGAGUUUAGGAAUGGUGGAGGAGUUAUUGUGGGUGUGGCGUGGGAUGAAGGAAAAUGGCAUUGAACCGAGUCUAUUUACUUACAAUUUUCUGGUGAGUGGUUUAGUUAAAGCAUCGUAUAUAGAGUCUGCGGAGCAUGUUUUUGAGGCCAUGAGUAAUGGAAAGAUUCAACCAGAUGUUGUUACUUAUAAUACAUUGAUUAAAGGGUAUUGCCAAGUGGGCAAAACCCGGAAGGCCUUUGAAAGAUUGAGAGACAUGGAAUCGACAAACUUGCCAGCAGACAAGAUCACUUACAUGACACUGAUUCAAGCAUGUUAUGGGGAGAGUGAUGUUGAUACGUGUUUGUCUUUGUAUCAUGAAAUGUGCGAAAGGGGGCUGGAGAUCCCGCCUCAUGCAUAUAGCUUAGUGAUCGGAGGGCUUUGUAAAGAAGGGAGAUGUAUCGAAGGGUAUACUGUUUUCGAGAAUAUGAUUCAAAAGGGAUGCAAGCCUAACAUUGCAAUAUACACGGCUUUGAUCGACUCCAAUGCAAAAAUUGGUAACACAGGAGAGGCAAUGCUACUCUUUGAGAGGAUGAAAAGGGAAGGGCUUGAACCAGAUGAGGUUACUUAUGGUGUCAUUAUCAAUUGCCUGUGUAAGAGUGGGAGGUUGGAAGAGGCGAUUAGUUAUUUGGACUUCUGUAAAGAAAAUGGAGUGGCAGUAAAUGCUAUAUUUUACUGCAGUUUGAUUGAUGGUCUCGGCAAGGCUGGGAGAGUCGAUGAAGCAAAGGGACUAUUCAAUGAGAUGAGGGAAGAAGGUUGUCUGCCUGAUUCAUAUUGUUAUAAUGCUCUGAUUGAUGCACUUGCCAAAUGUGGUAAGAUUGAUGAAGCAUUAGGUCUCUUUAAGAGAAUGGAAGCUGAAGGUUGUGAUCAAACUGUUUAUACAUAUACCAUUCUUAUAAGUGGAUUAUUCAGAGAACACAGAAAUGAAGAGGCAUUGAAGCUAUGGGAUAUGAUGACUGAUAAAGGCAUUACACCAACACCGGCUGCAUUUAGAGCCCUAUCGAUUGGGCUCUGUCUGUGUGGGAAGAUAGCCAGAGCUUGUAAGAUUUUGGAUGAACUAGCACCGAUGGGUGUUAUUCCCGAGACAGCAUAUGAAGAUAUGCUUAAUGUGUUAUGUAAAGCAGGAAGGUUGAAGGAGGCAUGUAAGUUGGCUGAUGGGAUUAUAGACAGGGGCCGGGAAGUUCCUGGAAAAGUUCGCACUGCUCUACUGAACUCAUUAAGGAAAGCUGGGAAUGUAGAUCUAGCCUUGAAAUUGAUGCAUAGCAAGAUUGGUAUUGGAUAUGAUAGAAUGGGUAGUGUUAAAAGGAGAGUGAAGUUCCGAAUUCUCCUUGAUAUCUAGUUUAUCCGUAUCUACCUUCAAAUUUCUUCUGCUUUCAUAUAAUGAUCGAGAGAUCACAGGCAACACAGAAAUGUUUGCCUGAUGCUCUAUUCAUCAUGGAAAUGGAAUUUUUUUUGUUGACACUGCAUUGGCUCCGGAUGAGCCAUAAUCUGCCGUUUCAGAACUUGGGAUGCCUGCCCGUUCUGAGUGUUUCAACUAGGGCUAGAUGCAAGGAGAAACAGGCCAUCACGUCAUCUUGGGAUUUAGUUUGGUGGGCAAAAAGAGAAGGAAAGGACGACCUCUGAUCAUUUGAUGACAUUACAGCAUUUGGCUUCCAUACCCAACUGGAUCUUUGCCAAUGGAAACAGUAGAAGUUCUUGCAUCUUCACAUAGCAAGGACGCAAGGAUGUAAAUCAGGAUGCAAUGAUUUACGGGAGGUAAGUUUCAUCUCAACCUUUGAGUUUUGUAUGAUCCUCUCUCUUUUCUGGGCUCUUUAAUAUUUUAUCUAUUUACAGUUGAUCUGAUACAUGGAAACAUUCGUCAACCCAAAUCAUCUGCAGACUGUGAAAUGCAUGCAUGGUACUUAUGGUGUUGUUUGUUUAUGCAGAGGUACUAAAGUCAACAUUAUCAUAGCAGGUUUGGGAUGUGUUGAUCAAUGAAGAUCGGCAGAUUGUUUCAGCAUGGUCCUCUGCUUCCAAUUGGAAAGCUCAAAUAUCCAAUUUCCGAGAUGGAUGACUGUUGCAGUGGUCUGUUAGUUCUGGAUCGUAAAAUGAAUCAAGAAUCUUCUCUGCAAACCUACACACCACUCUGGCAAUAGAGCCGAAAUAGAUGAUGCGCAGGAGCAGAAGCCCGAGCCAGGUCUCCGCCAGAAGGUCACAGUUGGAUCGUAAAGAGACUUGCGGAAGACGAGCAGUAGCAGGGAGCCCUAUCUUGUUACCUUCUAAAUUUUGUCUGGCAAUGCCAGAAAGUUUCUGGAGAUCAAAGAUGUUGCCUCCUUUCUUCUGCUGUAUUAUACUUCGUGUUGGAGCAAUAUAAGGUGUCAAACUGUCAAUCUAGCAACUAGACUAGAUACCGGUUUUGUAUCGAUAUAUGACUCGGUGUCUAUAAAGUUAGGUAAAUGCU